AUGGCAAGUCAACCAUCUAAUGAUAAACGUAAUGAUGCUUCUUCAACUCGUCCUCCACCAGCAGGUACAAAUAGUGAUAAUCAAGCACGUAAACGUUUAUUUUCUAAAGAACUUCGUAAUAUGAUGUAUGGUUUCGGUGAUGAUCCACAACCAUAUGCUGAAUCGGUCGAAUUACUCGAAGACCUUGUCAUACAAUAUAUAACUGACAUGACAUUAAAAGCAACUGAAAUCGGUAGUAAUAAACAAGGUCGUAUUGUAGUCAAUGACAUUUUGUAUUUACUUCGACAUGAUCCAAGAAAAUAUGCACGUGUAAAAGAACUUUUAUGUAUGAAUGAAGAAUUAAAAAGAGCUCGAAAAGCAUUUGAUGAACCAUCAAAAGAUGGUCUUUAUUGUGGUAAAGAAAAUUGUUAUGAUUUAUUAAAUGUCACACGAGCAGCUAAUAAACAAGAAAUUAUUAAAGCUUAUCGAGGAUUAGCUAAAAAAUAUCAUCCUGAUAUGGCAAAAACACUUACGGAUAAAGAAAUAUAUACAGAAAAAUUUCGAGCAUUUGCUAAUGCUUAUGAAAUUUUAAAAGAUGAAGAAACAAGAGCUGAUUAUGAUCGAAUGUUAGAUAAUCCAGAUCAAUAUUAUACACAUUAUUAUCGUUAUUAUCGACAUCGAUAUGCACCAAAAGUUGAUGUUCGUCUUGUUAUAUUUAUUCUUAUAUCCGUUAUUAGUGCAAUUCAAUAUUAUAGUCAAUAUAGUAAUUAUAAUACAGCAAUUAAUUAUCUUGUAACAGUACCAAAAUAUCGUAUACAAGCACAAGAAAUUGCUCGACAAGAAGGUUUAAUUGGAAAUAAUAGUGAAUCAUCGAAAAAAAAUCGUGGACGAAAAAUAAUGAGUAAACAAGAAGAAGAAGCUAUUUUAAAACGAAUUGUCGAACGAAAUCUUGAUAUUAAAGGUGGUUAUAAGAAACCAAGUAUUACACGUGUACUUUGGCUUCAAUUAGUACUUUUUCCAUAUUAUUUAUUUUUAAAAUUACAAUGGCAUAUUCGAUGGUUUUAUAAAUUUAAUAUAAAUAAACAUGAAUUAGGUGAAGAUGAAAAAAUCUAUUUAGUUUGUCGAAAUUUAAAAAUGAAUCGUGAACAAUAUGAAUCUUUAUCUGAAAAAGAACAUAAUCAAAUUUGGGAAAGACAAAUUUGGAUAAAAGAAAAUUUUCGUCAAUGGAAAUUAGAAAAAGAAGUUGAACAAAAGAAAAAAUUAAAUGAAUCAGGCCGUUAUAAAGCAUAUCGUCGUUAUAUAAAAAGUGGUGGACCUGGACAAAUAACAUUUGAUCCAGAUUAA